AUGGUAUUAGACAUAAAUACAAUUAAUAGCAUAAAUGAUGCUAAAAAUGCCGAUUAUGCAGGAGAAAAGUUAGGCGAUGCCGAUAAGGCCAUAUUCGUCGAUACUAAGUUAAAAAAUCCAGAUGGUAGUGAGAAUAUUGGCAAAAUUCGAAAGAUUUCCAAGUUAUUGGAUGAAGUAAAGAGAGCAAAAAAAUUAACCAAAAAAGAUAUUGUUUUAUUAGGCAACUUAGAAGCAGCAGUAGCAGAAACCGGAACUGAUACUCCUUAUAAAAUGAUAAAUGCGGUUGAUGCCCAAAUUGAUAGUGCAAUUACUGCACUAAAAGCACUUCCGGAAGAUGGAGACAAUAGUACUGAAAUUGCAGAAGCGAAGAAAUUAUUGAAAGGAAUUCAGUCUGUAAUUUUGGCAAAAGAAGAAACUCAAAAAGAAGUUUUGAAAGAAUUGGAAAGAUUUAAUAAAGACACUGCUUAUAAAAAUAAACAGGAAGUUUUAAGGCUUAGAAAAUUAAAAGAUAAUGUUGAAGCGAGAAAAGAAUUAAAAUUCCUUGCAUGGAGAGGGAUGAGUGAUGUUGCUAUUACUUUUGCUGCGAUUGUAAAAGAAAUAAGCAAAGAGGAAUUAAAAAAAUCUGGUAUCAGUCAAAAAGAAAGUUUCGGUAAGGAUACAACAACAGGUGAAGAAUUUGCCGAUUUGGAUGAAGAAAACAUGUUAAAUGGCGAAGUUUUCCCUGAAACUGAUUAUUCAAAUAAAGUGGGAGAUUAUGUAAACAAAGACAAGGACAAACAUAUAAAAGGCAGAAACAAUGUUUCGAUAUUAGAUAAAGAGUAUGAAAUAAUAUGGGAUGGGGAUGGUAGUUUAGUAAGAACUUUUUAUGAAGUUUUUCAUUCCGAAAGAGGCAGAAAUUUUAAAGUUAAAAAAAUGAUGGAUGAAAAUGGCGAUUUGAUAGAAACUAAUGUGACUGAAAUUCAAAAUAUUGUUGGAGAUGAAAUUGAUGGUUCGGAGGUUGAUUUUGAAGGAGAUGAUACAAUUGUUUCCCAAGUUGAAGCUAAAUUGAGUCUUGCUGAGGUGUAUACUGAAAUUGAUAAAGAUGAAAUUGCAAAAAUAAGAGGAAGAAUUAGAGCUAUAGAAGCUGAAAUUAGACAGGAAAAAGAAAAAGAAAAGGUUGCUAAACAAGCUCUUCAAGAUGCUGAGGGAAAAGAUUUAAAUAAAUUAAAACAAGAAUUUGAUGUCAUUUACGGAGAAGGACCGACUAAAAAAAAAUAUACAAAAUCAUCUGGAAGUUUAGAUAGUAAAUAUUCUGGCUAUCAACAAGAAAUACAAAAGAUUGUAAAUAGUUUAGGAGGUGCUGGAAAUAUCGACCUUACCAAAUGGAUGGCGAUGAGUGGAAGUGCAAAGGAAAGAAUGGAUUUAAUAGGACUUAGCACCCCAGAAGAAGUUAAAAAUUAUUAUGAAAAAAUUCGGGAUGCUUUAUUAGCUAAUGAAAAAAUUGCUGGUUUAUCUCCAAUUGAACAGGAACAACUAACCCAAAUUAAAGCAAUUUUAGAAGAAGAAACUCCGCAAGAUACACCUUUUUCAUUUCCAGAACUGAUUACUGUUUUAAAAGGAAAAACUACCGAAACCAAUGAAAAUUUAUUUACUGAAUACGAAGAAAAAGAUGCUCCUGCGAAAAAAGUCAUAACCGAUGAGAUGGAAGCUAAAAAUAAUGAAGCCAAUGCUCAUCCUACUGAUAAAUGA